AUGGCAGGGACCGAGGUCUUUGACACUCUCGAGCAAUUCACCAAAAUCAAAGAGCUGGAGUGGGUGCCAGACAAAGCCCAGGAGGAGGAAGAGGGUGGAAUACGCAGAGCAAAGGAGCCCCCAGGCCCGGGGCAGGUGGAGGCCGAGCGCAUGCUUGGGGCCCUCCUGCCCUGCGUCCCCGAAGGAGAGCAGGAGUUGGUGCUGGCGCCCAUGGAGGACAGCGGGAGCCACGUCCUGACCCUGCAGCCGGUGCACCCCACCUUCGAAAACGCUGACCUGCCCGAGGUCGCCUGGCUGAUGCCGCAGCCCCAAGACGGGGCACAGCACGUGGGUAGCCCGGCGCCGCCACUGCUGUGGGUCCGAGAGGGCGCCCAGCAGGGCCUGCACCAGUGCGUGGCCUUCAGCAUGCAGGAUGAGGUGUACUCGCUGCAGGAAAUGCAGACGAUGCAGUUGCAUGUUCUGCAGGACAGCCUGGCCGUGGUCACUGAAGACGGUGUGUGCGCGGAGAGCUUGCCGGAAGGCGCUGGAUGGAUUAAGGAGGAAGACCAGCUGCCUGCUGAAGGAGGCGUCGAGAAAACAGAAAAGCAGUUCUUUCUUGUGGAAACGAGGCCCGGAGAAGAGGGAAGAAACGAAAUCAUUCUGACAGUUUCAGACUUAAACGUGGAAAAAACAGAAGAUCAACCUGCGCCUAUUCAGCCACGACAGCGCCCCAAAAGAGCCCGAGCUCCGAAAACGCAACAGGAGACCAAGGGAGACACCCCAACCUUCCACUGCGACCUCUGCCUGUUCACAGCGCCCCGAAUUUCCAGUCUGAAUCGACAUGUGAAGACUCACACCAAUGAGAGGCCCCACACAUGUCACCUCUGCCUGAAAGGCUUCCGCACGGUCACCCUCCUGCGGAACCACAUCAACACCCACACCGGAACCAGGCCCUACAAGUGCGGUGACUGUGACAUGGCGUUUGUCACCAGCGGAGAGCUUGUCCGACACAGACGUUACAAACACACUCACGAGAAGCCGUUUAAGUGUUCCAUAUGCAAAUACGCUAGCGUGGAAGCGAGCAAGCUGAAGCGCCACAUCCGGUCGCACACGGGGGAGCGUCCCUACCAGUGCCAGCUCUGCAGCUACGCCAGCAAGGACACCCACAAGCUGAAGCGACACAUGAGGACGCACUCAGGGGAGAAGCCCUACGAAUGCCACCUCUGCCACGCGCGCUUCACCCAGAGGGGCACCAUGAAAAUACACAUUGAGCAGAAGCACAGCGACAACGUCCCCAAGUACCAGUGCCCCCAUUGUGCCGCCAGCAUUUCCAGGAAGAGCGACCUGCGCGUCCAUUUGCGCAACCUGCAUAGUUACACGGCCGCAGAGAUGGGGUGCCGCUACUGCCCCGCCGUCUUCCACGACCGCUACAGCCUCCUCCAGCACCAGAAGGCUCACAAACACGAGAAGAGGUUCAAGUGCAAGAACUGCAGCUACACCUGCAAGCAGGAGCGCUACAUGACAGCUCACGUCCGAACCCACACUGGGGAGAAACCGUUCACCUGCAUCUCCUGCAACCAGCGCUUCCAACAGAAGCAGCUUCUGACUGUCCACGUCAAGAAAUGCCAUGACGCAGAGUACCUCCCGCCUGUGCACAAGUGCUCCACCUGCGGCAAAGGCUUUUCCCGCUGGACCAACAUGCGGAGACACUCCGAGAAGUGUCAGGCAGGACAGGAAAAAGCGGCCCCCUCAGGAGCAGGGAGAAGAGUGAGAACGUGCAAGGCGGCCACCCCAAAAGAGGCGGAGAAGGGAGACGAAACUGCUGCCAGAGGAGCCUCCAUGGUGAUGGGAGACCAGUGCCCGGGAGAGAUGGUGGCUCCUGCCGCCUACGGAGAGGCCGCCACUGCCGGCAGUGGGGACCUGGGUGAAGCCAUGACCUGCGAGAUGAUCCUCAACCUGCUGUCGGAGUGAGGGGUCAGAGUCACGCCCCGCGCAGCCUUCUCAGCAAGUUA